UGGAAGAAAUUUCCAGGAGCCGACUCCGUCCAAUUUCUUCUCCUAUUUUGACUUUCCUCCCGGUAUUUUGCGAGCAAUGGUUACAAUCAUACAAUCUCGCAUUCAAAAAGUGAAACGUCAGGUGAGGUGAACCGCCGUCGUUGAAAGCGCAGGAGAAGAAGAUGCUGAGGGUUGCCGCCAGGAGGCUCUCCUCUCUCUCAUCACAAUCGUCAUCGUCUUCGCCAUGGAGGUCAAGCCACACCGUGUCCACCAUUCUCCCCCGGAACCCCACCUCCGGCGGCGAUUCGUCCUCCGAGGAUCUCCGCUCCACGGGCUUCUCCGCGGCAUUUUUUUCCAGGCCGGGCCUUCAUAUUCCACGCAGAGGUUUUGCUUCUGAGUCAAUUGUCCCAAGAAAUGAAAAUGCUGCCACUCUGGAAGUUCCAUCGACUCUGGCAGCUAUCAAAAACCCAACUCCGAAGAUUGUUUAUGAUGAUUACAACCAUGAGCGUUAUCCUCCAGGUGAUCCUAGCAAGCGAGCAUUUGCCUACUUUGUCCUCACUGGGGGUAGGUUUGUGUAUGCUUCACUGCUCCGUCUGCUGAUCCUCAAGUUUGUGCUGAGCAUGUCCGCCAGUAAGGAUGUUCUUGCCCUAGCCUCCAUUGAGGUUGAUCUCUCCAGCAUUGAGCCUGGAAACACGGUGACUGUCAAAUGGCGUGGGAAACCUGUCUUCAUCAGGCGAAGGACUGAUGAUGAUGUCAAACUGGCAAACAGCGUGGAUUUGGGAUCUCUUCGUGAUCCACAGGAGGAUGCAGCCAGGGUCAAGGACCCAGAAUGGCUUGUGGUUAUUGGGGUGUGCACACAUCUGGGUUGCAUCCCCUUACCAAAUGCCGGUGACUUCGGUGGAUGGUUUUGUCCCUGCCAUGGUUCGCAUUACGACAUCUCUGGUAGGAUUCGCAAGGGACCAGCACCCUACAAUCUGGAGGUACCUACUUACAGCUUCAUGGAGGAUAACAAGUUGUUGAUUGGUUGAGAAUACCAGGGGUUUCUUUUCCAGUAAACUUGGAUACCAAAAUUUUUUAUUUUACUCAGUAUAUGUUCUAGGUCUGUUGCAGCUAUAUAUAUCUUUGCCAUUUAUGUUUUCCCCCCCUCACUUUUGGGCAUGUUUAGUAAUGCUUGUGUAACUUGGCUAUUGUAACUGCUGUGGUGCUAUGAAUAAGCCUUCUGUUCUCUGC